AUGGCCGACUUGCCUUUCCCCAGUGGAGCUCCCCAAGCUCCUUCAACGUACAACUUCUCCUCCUCCGGUCCCCGCCGCUCUUCCUAUGCUUCAGUCGUCUCCGGCACUGCUUUGUCUCCGCCCUUUUCAAACUCCUUCUCGCAUAUUCUGAGUUCAAGUCCUGCUGCUGCGGCUGCCGCUACUAGUCCAAAUACUACGGCCUCUGCAUCCGCCUCCGCUUCACUCCAGCUUCCGCUCUUCGCUCCGCCCAGCGGUCGUCUUCCCCCGCGGGCCUUGUCCGGCCUGGAUGCCGCAGGAAUGGACUUAAACUCCGCCUGGCGGCCCUCGGGGUCUGCAGAGUCCUCAUUGCCAGCCUACUCUCGCAAAUAUGCCAAUUAUCUCCGCUCCACCGAGUACCAGAGUGGUUUCGCUGCCCCGAUCGACGGUCCCGCUUUCCUGAUUCCCUCUUACCUCCGCGAAUCCCAAUACAUCUCCCGCCUCGAAGACGCUCAUCGGGCCAAGCUUGCCGCGCAACAACGCGAGGGCGCUUCAGCAACAUCCACAUCCGGCGGUCUUGCGCUGUCGACUUCUUCCAGCCAUGCUCAGCUCCCCCGCAUGGCACCAUCGCACCGGGGCAUGACCUAUGAUAUCAUCGAGAAGGAGCCUCGAACGACACCACCAUCUCCUCAGCUUAGCCCUCUUCCCUCGCGCUGGAGCUCUGUGGACAAAUACUCGGGAUUGGAACUGUCCAACGAAGGGUUGGAUGUGCGGUACACAGGACCACUACAUAAACAUGAUCACGAGGCCGCAGCGUUACGAGCAGACCAUCCGAUGCCACCCCAAUGUGGAAUCUACUACUUUGAGAUCAAGAUCGAAUCAAAGCCACAAGACGGGAUGAUCGGUAUCGGAUUCUCAAGUACCAAGGCCUCCGUGGAGCGGCUGCCCGGGUGGGAACAGGAAUCCUGGGCCUAUCACGGAGACGAUGGAAAGUCAUUCUUUGGUGAAAGUCAGGGCCAGGGCCGGGCAUAUGGUCCGACGUUUGGAGUUGGGGAUACCGUUGGCUGCGGAGUGGACUUUUCGACGGGAUCGGCAUUCUUCACCAAGAACGGUAUCUUCCUGGGAACUGCCUUUCAAGAGCUGCGUAAUGUAAAAUUGUACCCUUCAGUGGGUAUGAAGAAACAGCCCCCCGUUCACUUGAAAGCAAACUUUGGCCAGGAGCCGUUCAUGUAUGACAUUGAUGGAAUGGUCACAACCGAGCGCACACAAAUCCGGGCGCAAAUCAAUGCCACCAGUGCUGAUAGCCUACAACCCCCCUUGAACGAAUCUGCCUUAAUGCAGGAAUUGGUUGCCCAGUUUCUGGCCCAUGAUGGCUAUGUUGAGACUGCCAGAGCUUUUGCAGAGGAAGUGGCAACUGAGACAGCUGCGUUGCAGAAUGGUCAACCAGACCCGCUUAAGAAAUAUGAGGUUGAAGAGGAUCGUGAAGCGAUCAACAGAAACAAGAUCCGAGCCGCAAUUCUUGAUGGUGAUAUCGACAAAGCUCUGAAAUUGACCAAGACGUAUUAUGCCAACGUGCUUGAGGACAAUCCACAUAUCCAUUUCAAGCUUCGUUGCCGAAAAUUCCUAGAAAUGAUGCGUCAAUCCAAUGAACUAAACAACGGGGUAGCGGCGAGCAAGCGUCGCCGAGCAGAUUCGCCAACUGCAGGCAUUGGCCAUGAACACGCUGUUUUCGAUCAGGAGAUGGAACUUGAUGAUGUUCAUUGGGACGGCGAUGGGAUGGAUACCGAUGAAACCACUCCCAUCCCUUUCAACGAGCUCUUAACUCAAGCAGUCCAGUAUGGUCAGCAGUUGUGCAUGGACUAUCCAACUGAUGAGAAUGGCGGCGACAAGAAGAUGCUCGACGCUAUCUUCUCCCUAGUCGCAUAUCCUGAUCCCCAAAGCUCAGUACAUGGUCAUUAUCUUGACCCAGCAGGCAGGGUGGCAGUUGCGGAGGAAUUGAACUCGGCUAUUCUUGUCUCUCUCGGCAAGUCAUCAUCCGCAGCCCUAGAGCGGCUUUAUCAGCAAACAGAGGCUUUGGUGAAUGAGAUUAGCGAAGACGGUGGCGCUGGGGCGUUUAUCAAUGUUCGGCACGAUAUUCUGCUCUGA